AUGGGAUUUCUGACUAGUUUCCGUUUAAAAAAAUUCAAGAAAACAGACUCACCAGAUGAUGUGAGAGAGAUUACUCAUUUGGAUAAUGCUUUGGAUUCAAAUGAUGAAAUUACUUCUCAAAUUCAAAUUCAAAACCAAGAACCCAAGAGAAAUAAAGGAUCUUUGGAAACCACCAGUGAGUUAACUGCCAAUAAAGAUUUCGAAGUGAUUAAUCAAAAUGUCUUGGAAAGUGUUAAGCCCAUAGUGGCUCUAUUACAAGCUCAUUCCAAGAAGAAUUUUUUUGAUUCUUCUUCUGCUACUACUACAAAUGAACCAGUAAGUUGGAACGUUUCAUCAAAUUUGGAUCCAUCUUUCUCUAAGGAAUAUAUUCCGUCAAAGAUUACUGUUAGUGGUAAAGAGUUGUUAUUUGAAACUGAACAUGAAAAUUUAUUAAUUCCCUUAGUGGAAGAAAAAGACAACAUUUUUGGUUGUAAUAUUGUUCGUCAUUAUCCAAAUGAUGAUGAAUCGGAAGAUAGUGCUACGGAUUCCUUACAUUUCCAAAAUAGUACUAUUGUUGUUCAUUGUUCAAACCCAGAAUAUUUAGAUAUUCUCCAUAAAUCUUGUUUAUUAUCCAUUUUUGAAUACAUGUCUAUAUUUAAAUCCUUAACAGGUACUUUAUUAUCAUCAGUCGGAACUCAAUUGCCUGAUAUUAAUGUCAUUUUAAAUUCUAAUUUCAGUUAUCGUGAUUGGUGUGAAAUUUAUUUAGAAAAUGAGGGUUGGGUUAAAGUUUGGUGUCAUAUUGAUUCUACUAAUAAAAAUUUCAAAAAUAAUAAUAAAACUAAAGAUUCUAAAGCAAAUUUUGCCAUCAAGUUUUAUAAUGAUAAUAAAUCUCUUUCAUCAAAAAAUUUAAUCUGCUCUAUUUCAAAUAUUUCUUUCGUCAAAGAUAUCUUUUUCUAUAAAGAUUGUCAAAUAACUAACGUCAACGAUUUAACUAAUUUAACGCCUAUGGUCUUAAUUGAAAGUAUUAAUAUGAUUAGAUUAUUAGGUGAUAUUUCUUUCCAUUCAGCAGCAUCCAAUGAAACCGUCACCCCACCUCAAAAUAGAAUUAUGAGUUCCUCCUCAAGAUUGUCAUUCUUUAAUAAAGAUAAAGAUAAGCAAGAUAUGGACACUAAUAAUAAUUCGGAUCUUGAUUCAGAUUCAAACCUGUUUACUGAGCCUCCUCCAGAAUUUGCCUCUCCAACUAAUAGAGCUCAUAAAAGAAUUAGUUCAUUUACAAGUACAAAGACCAAUUUAUCUACAUCUUCAUUGGCAACUAAUUCAUCUUCCAAAGAUACAAAAAAAUUACCUCCUGUAAAAUAUACAAAUCCAAAUGGUUUAAUCAUUAGGCCAACUCCUCAUAAUGGGAUUUCUCAUAUUGAAACCAUGUUACGUUUCAUCGUACCAAUGAUGGAUGUAGCUGGAUUAUAUGGUCGUCCAGCACAAUUUAGAGUUCAAAAAAAUGAUCCAUGUUCUCUAAUGUUCGGUUUACCCUCUUUGCCAACUGUGGAUUAUUUUGCCAAACAAGAAAUGGAUUCUUUGAUUGAAACUCAAUUCACUGAAGAUGAAUCCUUAAUUAAAAACACCACUUUUUUAGCAAUGCAUCAUUAUACUCAUGUAUUAAAGAAUCUAAUGGAUGAAACUCCGGAUAGAGAACAAACUUUGAAUUUUACAAAAUUACACCAUCUACCGUUUAAUUGA